GAUACGGUCCAAUGGCAUAUGGGUAAUUGGCUGCAGUACUGAAGUAUCGUCAUUUAUAUACAAAUGUGUCAAAUGUAGAAAGUACAGGAAAGGCAAUCAAGAACAAAGGAUGGGAGACCUGCCACCAGAAAGACUGGAAGCUACCCCUCCAUUUACAUACAGCGGUAUGGACUGCUUCGGACCAUUCUGUGUAAAAGAAGGGAGGAAAGACUUGAAGAGAUAUGGACUCUUGUUUACAUGUAUGUGCUCGAGAGCUAUACAUAUAGAAGUUCUAGAUGAUCUCAGUGCAGACUGUUUUCUCAAUGCACUCCGUUGUUUCAUAGCAAUACGUGGCAACGUAGGUCAGCUGCAUUGUGAUCAAGGCACCAAUUUUAUCGGUGCAAGAAACGAGCUUCUAACGCAAGCAACUCAAGAGAAAGUCAAAGAGCUGGGAAUAACUUUCGUUUUCAACCCACCUGCUUCUAGCCACAUGGGAGGAGUCUGGGAGAGGCAGAUUCGGACAAUAAGAAAUGUUCUGAAAUCCAUUCUUGACCAGUCAGCUUCAAGAUUAGACACUUCAUCAUUGAGAACGUUCAUGUAUGAAGCUAUGGCAAUAGUAAACAGUCGACCACUAACUGUAGAGUCUAUCAACGACCCUGUAGGACUGGAGCCGUUGACACCCAACCAUAUUUUGACGAUGAAGUCAGCAGUGAUCUCACCACCACCUGGAGAAUUCGCUAAAGAAGAUCUCUACCUCCAGAAAAGAUGGAAACGAGUACAAUAUUUGGCGAAUGUAUUUUGGACAAGGUGGAGAAAGGAAUAUCUGUUAAACUUGCAACAGAGAAGCAAAUGGAAUAAAAACAGAAGAAAUGCAAAAAUAAAUGACAUUGUGUUAUUACAAGAAGACUGUCUUCCAAGAAAUCAAUGGAAACUCGCCAAAGUUGUGGAAGUCACUCCAGGAGCUGACGGCAGAGUCAGACAAGUUAAGCUUCUCAUCGGUGACUCUACUAGAGACAAUAAGGGGAAGCACACAACUAAGACGAUUUUAGAGAGACCCAUACAUAAGACUAUACUUUUACUUGAAGCAGAGUAAAGACUCAACAUAAUGUUUAUUGGUUAACCUUCGCUAAGUUCAUUGUUGGGUCAAAUUCCUUUAGGAUCACACAUGCUGUUGCGAUAGUGUGAUGGUGGGAGUGUAACAGUUGGUGAAAUGUUAGUAUUUGACCACUAGGCGGAGCUCUUGUAAUGAUAAUGUAACUAACUCAUUUUAUUUUGUAUGUUUUAUUUUUGUGUUGAGCAUGUUAACAUUUUCCUUUUUUGCCUACCGGAUUGGUGUACAGUUAAUUUGAUACAUGGAAAAUAGCCGGUUAAUUUUGUAAAUAUAAGGUAAGGGCAGAGGUCACUUCCUGUUUUGGAAAAAAGUCAGAGAAGCUGCGCAUGGUGACGGUCUAGCCGUGUAAAAGUCAAGCUAAGAAAGAAGAAAUAAGCCCUAAGUUCCAGUUACACCGGUUUGUCUACUUGCAGGCCAAAGUGUUCUACGGUGUACCUGUACGUUAAGAGAAGCACAGUAAACAUCAGUAAAGAAGAACUCUCAUGUCUCUCGUGUAUGUGUACAAGCCGGCAUACUGAUGGAUUUAACAACCUUAUUUUGCUGCUCAUGCCUGGAAAAAUUACAUCUUUAUAGCUGGUCUGGAAACGCCUAGGAUUUCCCCCAGAUGAGCUGGAUGAGGUGGCUGGGGAGAGGGAGGUCCUCCCUUUUGUGUUAGACUUCUGCCUCCAAGGGGCUGGAAAUGGAUGGAUGGACUGUAUUGCUUAAUAAGAUUUACGGAAAAACUCUGCUGUAAUGUCCCCCAGUGUGGCCAUUUGUAAUUUCUAAUCUAAUUUCAGCCCACACAAAUCAACAGCAGUGAUCACAAAACGGUGUAUAACUGAAUACAGUAGUGAGAUCUUUA